AUGAUUGGAAUGAACGAUGCAUCCCUUCUUGAGGCAGAACUUUAUAGUAAAGAGGAAACAACAGGCAUGACCGGUAUCGAAGAUCAGCGCAUUUUCCACGAGCCGAUGAACGAACAUACUUCAUUAUUUGACGCAUUUCAGUUGCUCUUAAAUACUGCUAUCGGAUCAGGAACUCUUAUGGUUCCAUAUUGCUAUCGAUCAGGUGUAGCCCUUUCAUUAUUUACCUCUUUUAUUUUUGCAACAAUCGGAUACUUUACACUCUCGUUUAUGGCAGAGUCCGGUUACUUCACUCAUACAUAUGAUUACAGAGGAUUGUUCGCACAUACAUUUGGUAAGAACAGACUUUGGAUUAUUAAUGUCAUGAUUACAUGUGUCCAAUUAGGAGCAUCAAUGAUCUAUUCCCUUUGGAAUGGUCGUUUAACACCGAAAUUACUAGGUACAUCUGGUAUGAAAUUCCCAUUAGGAAGCAUUAGAUUUUGGACUAUCGUAAUUCCCAUCACAUUCUCAGUUCCACUUGUUUGUCUUAAGUCCAUCCAUAUUCUUGAGAAGCUUGCCGUCUUAUCUACCUUCACAAUCAUUCUUUUAAUCGUUCAUGCUUUGUAUUGGAUGAUUGUUCACAUUCACCAGAAUGGUUUUGAUCCAAAUGGACAAUUCAGAUGGGUACAUUUCAAUGCUGCCGCAAUUACAUCACUUUCUGUUAAUUCAAUGGCUUAUAACUGCCAUAUGAAUCUUUUUGCAGCCUUAGAACCAAUGAAAAUGGCUACAGUUGGUCGUGCAAGAAAGCUUGCUAUGACAACAGUUGUUUCAGCUUAUGUUCUUUACAACAUUUUCGGAAUUUUCACAUAUUUUGAUUUGUUCGACAAAAUCGAAGGAUCAUCACUCGAAUGCUACGAAUCAAAGAAUAUCUUUACAAAGAUCACCCUCGUUGGUCUUAUUUUCAUGUUAAUCCUUUCUGUUCCGAUUGUUGUUUGGGCAGCCAGAAAUUCAGUUCUCAACCUCAUUUGGAAGGAUCAGCCACCAACAACAUGCAGAUGGAUUACUGUUGGAACCAUUAUUUCCGUUUGCGCUGCAGGUUUAGCUGCAACAUCUGAAAACGUAAUUAUUUUCUUCGAUAUUGUCGGUGGUUUCUUUACACCAACGAUUAUAUUCUUUAUGCCAGCAAUUUUCUACAUCAGAAAUCAAAGAAAUGAGCCAAGAUGGAGAAUUAUUGUCGCUUGGAUCAUUGCUUGCUUCACAGUUGUGUCUAUCUGCAUCUCGUUGUACCAGACCGGUAAGGAAAUUGCUGCUGAAUUCAAGAAGAAAUAA